AUGUCGCUCUCCACAGUCAAGAACCUGCUAGGACAUUACUCGCCUAUCUCCGACUCGUCCUUAUCAGAUACCGAGAAAGAUGCCCAGCUACCACUGAGCAACGAUGUUGACUUGCACGAUUCUGGGUCGACUUUGGAGGGAAGUCGGUCCGAGAAAAAGAACUUUGUCGAUGCUCGAGUCAUCUCCGACGCCAUCAUCGGCUUGUCGGAUGGCCUGACCGUGCCGUUUGCCCUGACAGCUGGUCUCUCGACGCUGCAGGACACCAAGGUGGUUGUCUUUGGCGGAUUGGCUGAGCUGAUUGCUGGAGCUAUCUCGAUGGGACUGGGAGGGUAUCUCGGUGCCAAGAGUGAAGAAGAGUCCUACCAUGCAACUCUCAAAAAAACCUGCCAACAAACCGCCACAAACCAACAAGACACCGCCAUCAUCAUCUCCGAUAUCUUCGCUCCCUACGAUCUCCCUGCGCAGGUUGUAUCCGACCUAACCAACAAUCUAAUCGACUCACCCAACCUACCAUCAUUCCUCAUGAACUUCCACCACACACUGCCCGAACCGUCUGGGUCACGGGCGUUGACCUGCGCGAUUACGAUAGCACUAGGCUAUUUCAUUGGCGGAUUCAUUCCUUUACUCCCGUAUUUCUUCGUCGGACCGAACGAUGCAUUCUACGCUCUUGGGUGGUCUGUUGCGACGAUGGUGGUUGCACUGUUCGUGUUUGGUUAUGGUAAGACAUGCUUUGUGACGGGGUGGAAAGGGCGCGAGAAUAUUCGGCGCGGAUUAUUUGGCGGAGCGCAGAUGGUAGUUGUGGGCGGUGUGGCUGCUGGCGCGGCCAUGGGAUUGGUGAAGUUGUUUCAAUUAUUAGCGAAAUGA